AUUGAUGCACUAGGGGAAAAGAUACAGGGGAUCAGCAAAUUCUUCAACGUUAAUCAAGUCUAGAGCGGAGGAUAUAAAGAUCAAAGAGUUAUAGACGAUGGAGUUAAAAGAUCAUUUCCUUCUUGUUUUGCGUUUUCACUCCUUUUAUUAUUAUUUUUGGUUUGUUUUGUUUUGUGUUGUUUAGACAUUACCACUUUGAAUCUCCCUCAAAUCAAUUUCAGUUAGCAACCCUAAUGAUUCAACUUACUUAUUCCUUAUAAUAGUCAAUUAGCUAACGAAAGUAGUACAACAAAUACACUAACAAUAUACAACCACUUACUGUACGUAACUAAAGAAAGUGUGUGUAAAGAUGACGUUGGAUUGAAAAAGGUAAAAUCUCUCUGAAAAGGCUAUGGAUACGUGAACUAGUGCAGUGAUUUGACCCAAAGUGAUUAGACUUCCUAAAGAACAGAGACACGUCUUGGAAAUAAUAAUAAUUAUCCAGUAAAAAAGCUGAAGGCGUCACAUUAUAUACUAUUGCUCUCUGUAAAUUAGUUACUGGAGAGAAAAAUAAAAAACUUGAGAGAGAUUACUUGAGCUCUUCCACAAUGGCGACUUCUCCAAAAUCGAACGCACCUUUCUUCGUCAUAUCUCUUGCUGGCCACAACUCGAGUCCGAUCAUCCCUAAUGCGUUUUUUGCCACUCACAUAGAAGGUAAGAAUGAGUUAACGAUACUGAAGUUGACCUCUGACGCUUGCGACACAACCUGGCAAGUCAAACUGAACGGCCGGAGAUUCGCUGAUGGCUGGGAAGAUUUCUCCAACGCUCACUGUCUUCGAAACGACGACGUUUUGCUUUUCAGAGAGGACGGGGAAAUGAUCUUCCACGUCACACCUUCCGGACGAAGUUUCUCUCAGAUUCAUUAUAUAUCUUCUAGCUCUGACGAUAGUGAAGCUGACGAAACUUAUGACGACACUGAUGAUGAUGAUGGUGAAGAUGAUGACGGAGAUGAUCAUGGUGAUGAGACAUGGGACAAAGUUUCAGAUUUGAGAACAAGAAUAAAAGCAGAGUCGUCUUCAACUGAAAACUCUUGUAUUCUCGGUGUCACGAGUUCUAAUCUUCGCCUAAAUCGAGUGGCUCUCACAAAAAGUUUUACUAAAGCAAAUGGACUGCACAAGAGUUGGUGUGAGAUUAAUGUAAUAAAUCAAAGUGGAAAAUCAUGGGUUAUGGGUCUGCGACACAACAAAGGAACUGGUCAGGAUUUUAUGCGUGGUGGCUGGAGAAGUUUCUGCCGUGCAAACAAGCUGAGAACCGGAUCUUUCUACCGGUUCGAACUUGUCCGGACUGGGACAAGCCCUGCGCUACAGCUGUGUUCCGACAAUACUCCACAAAGAAACUGUCCCAAAACUAAAGUUUCGGCAAAACCUAACAGGGAAGGUGGUGAGAGAUCUUCUAUGAACCGGAGCAAGUUCAUGACGGUAACCUUGAAGCCUUACAUGCUCAAGUCAAGACAGCUUCAUUUUCAAAACUCUUUUGCGAGGGAGAACGGGAUUAAGAAAGGAGGAAAGGUUAAUCUGGUGGACAAAGAUGGAGGAAGAUGGCCGUCGUGUGUAGCUUCUGGGUAUGUAAACGGAGGGUUUUAUUUGGCUAAGGGUUGGGUAGGUUGUUUUAAAGCCAGUGGGAUAAACACUGGAGAGACCUUCACGUUGAAGUUUGUUCGAGAAAAAGGCAAAACUCCUAUGCUUCAGUUCGUCUCCAAGGCCAAGACCAAGAUGAACUCAGGGACUAGGUUCCAAAAGAAAGCUAGGGUUUCUGUAGAAGGAGAACCCUCUCACCGCACUCAUGCAUCACACAAAUCAACUGUUGAUACAAAUAACGUGGAGUGCAAGCAACCGCUUGAAACAAUCUAUCACCAAGUCAGACAGAGCAUUGUGAACGUUUUAGCUGAUGUAAGACGGUUCCUGUCGGAGCUUGAGAUAAAGGAACAAAAUUUAGAAGCUGUACUGGAGGAAUUUGACGCGUUAGGGGAGAAAGUAUCGGAAAUCAACAAAUUCUUCAAGUAAUUAUAUUAGGCUUAAAUGUAUUGUAUUGAAGAUGAAGAAAUUGAACAUGGACUUGUGUAAACUUUGUUUGUAUGGAAGAUCAAGGAAUUGAACAAGGUCGAACAAGAUGCGUACUUGUAUGUGUUGUUAUAUAAUUAUGUAACUACGUUACAAUGGAUAUUGAUAUGUAAUGUACUUUCUAAUUCAUAAAUUAGUAAUUUUGAUUUGUUUUUGUUUUUA